AUGCUUGAUGCAGAAAUCACGCCGUCAGGAGCGGCGGAACUAGAGUCCUCUCCAGAAGAAAUCUACUCACUAUUGGAUUCUUAUUUUGAAGCCGUGCGAACUCCUUCCAGCGGCCUACUAGAUCUAUUCACAGCAGACGAAGUGGACCUACUCAUCAGUUAUAUCGUGACUAAUGGACAAGCCUCAUCACCGCCAUCGAUAACCGAGAUUGACGCAGCUUCUCUCUACACUGCUCUGGCCAUUGGGGCUCAAGUGAGACCUUUGGGAGACCUUUCAUCCCGAAUUGAGCUGGACUAUUUCUGCCGAGCACAACGAGUCGCCUUCGAGAACAUGCUGACUAGUCAGAACUUGAGCAUGGUCCGUUUAUUUAUUCUUCUUGCCUUUUAUAUGAUCGGAGCUUGUCGUAGAAAUACGGCUUCCAUAUAUUUGGGUAUAGCUGCUAGGACAGCUAUUGUGCUAAGUCUGCACAAUCCCGCGAAUUACCAAAAUAUUGACACAGAGGAGUAUAACAAACGAAUCAGAAUAUGGGAUAGUCUUCGCAAUGUCGAUAUCCUCUCAAGUUUCAUUCUGGGAAAGCCGCGGAAUCUGCCCACUACCUUAGGGAAUGAGAAAGACGAUCAUGCGCAUGUUAACUCUGGCACGAUGGUUCAAUAUUCACAAGCUGCUUUUAGCGAAAUCGUCAAAGCGUGUUCCUUGUUGGAGAACAUAGUCGACAAGCUCAGCACAGGUAACAUGCUUCAUAUCCCGACCGCUGAAGUGCUCCUCCAACAGUUCCGCCGCUGGAGCCAGUCAUUACCUCCAGUCCUUCUCAGGUUUACCUUUCAUCCUGGCGAGGGAGCUUCUCUAGAUCCUGUCGAUCGACAAAUGCUAGUUGGAAAUAUUCACGUGUCUUGUGUGUAUUACUUUUCCGUGAUACUCAUCACUCGCCCGUUUCUGAUUGCAUACCUAUUGUCUCGUCUCCGUGGAAGAGCACCAGAUCAAUUGAUAAGUGAUCCGGAUGAGGCAACAGAUAUCAAUAUCAAAAACAACAAGGUGUCAAAACUUGGUCAAGUUUGUGUGAGUUCUGCUAUGUAUAUGGUCAAUAUGUGUCAGACAGCAAAGUCGUCCGAAUUUUUCUUCGGCAAUCUGUGUUUACUGAAAGCCUGGAUAUUUGGAGCGGCUCUUGUCCUCGGAUUCGCCAAGUUUGCCGGUGAACCUCGAAAAGACAUUGAUGACUCCUUUGAAAAUGCCCGAGACAUCCUCGAUAGCAUUGCUCUCACAAGUCCACAAGCUACCCUUUACUGUGAGAUCCUGGAAAGUUUUGCCGAGGGUAUACAGAAUUACCACUCGCGAAUAUCUACCGAGAUCCAUCACACAGUUCAGCAUUAUAUGAGUCAGAUUCUGGUUUUUGAAACCUCACAAGACGAUGAAAUGGCUAAUAGACCCUAUGCUGCCGAGCAAGAUGUACCCGAUAUACCUAGUGUUUUUGACCUUUCUAUUGCUCUAGGCGAUGACACUAUGCCGUGUAAUCAGACGGGGAAAAAUAAUUGUGAUGCGAGUAUUGUGGUGACCGAAGAUUUUCUGCUAGAUACAGAACCAUUGGAGAGACUAUUCUACAGUGUUGAAUAA